AUGCUAGCAAAAGUCACCAUCCCAAUCACCCUCCCCUCCCCAUCCACCACCCACACCGACCCCACCCGACGAGCAAUCGCUUGUAUCAUCACCGCCACCAACGAGCUCCCGGGCCCACAAACCCUAGCCUCGUCCCGCCACAUCAUCCGGGCCGAGCAAGCCCGUCGGGCCCACAUCCCGCCCAAGGGCGUUGUUGGUGAUGCCAACUCAUCAUCAGACGAGCAACAACAAUUGCCACCUGUCAAGAGGCCCUUUUCUCUCAGCCACUCCUCCGGCGGCCCCAUGAGGUCGCCAGCUGUCAGGGUAAAAGGAGAAAUCUCGCCCGUGAGUGAACCGAGCUCGUCGACCAAGGCAACCGAGGUCUGGUCGAUGGAAGCUCGGUGGAUGGCCUCGAGUGCUGAGCUGGCGGGCGAGUGGUGGCUCAUGGAUGGGAAGUUGUGGCUGAUUAUGCCGAGGGUUUCGAUGGGAAGGGUAGGGAUUGGGGAGAAUAGGCCGAUGAGGCCGAGGAGGAAUCGGACAAAGUCCUCGUGA